AUGCAGGAGGAGACUAUAUUGAGGUCACCUGCGGUUGCACCUCCAGAAAGUAUAUAUGGUGAUACAACAAGAAGACUUAGGAUUUUUGUGGGAGAUAAAUUGACUCCUGCUCAGUUCGAGAGUCAUUCUGCCAGAGGACAGCCGAAAAAGAAGUGGAAGAGCUGCAUUUGGGUGCUAAUCAAGGACAAAAAGGUUCCACUCUGCAAGACAGCUCUUCUAAAAUACUACAAGGAAACUUGGGAAGGAGAGAAUGGGCGCUCACGUCCUAAAGGAGCUAUCCACCGUGAUGAAUUUAUUCGUUGUUCCUCAUGCAACAAAGAGCGCAGGUUCAGUCUUCGAACCAAGGAGGAGUGUCGCAUCCACCAUGAGGCCUCCAUCAACAAACAUUGGACUUGUGCUGAUCGCGUAGAGUAG